AUGGAUAACCAGGAUAUUGAAAUCAAUGAAGCAUUUGAUUUAAUGGACACAAAUGGGCAAAUGGCAAUUAGUACAAGAGAUUUUAAAUUUGCAAUAAAGGCAUUGGGAUUGGAACUUCCUCGAAAUCAAUACAUACAGUUACUGUCUAAAAUUGAAAAAGACCAAAAAGGUUACAUAAAAAAGAAAGUAUUCAUAGAAGAAAUGCGUAAAAUAUUACCGAAAAGAGAUGUUAAGAUUGAUUUGAUUAAAGCUUUUCAAUUAAUUGAUGAGGAUGAUACAGGCAAAAUAGAUUUUAACAAUCUAAAGAAUGUUGCCGAUAUACUAGGGGAAAAAGUAUCCGAUGAGGAAAUCAUCAAUAUGUUAAACGCUGCAGAUGAAGAUGGAGAUGGGCAAGUGAACUUUACAGAGUUUAUGAGGAUUAUAGAUAAAGCUAGAAAAGUGUUAUAAUUAAAUAGAUUUAUUAUUUGUGUAGGUACUAUAUUAAAAUAAUAAUUAUGGUCAUAUUUUUUCUAAAAUAAACAAUGUUACAUGAAUAAAAUAUAAUAAAAAUACUAAAAAUAAG